AUGCCCGCCCACGAGAUCGUCGAGUUUCGCACCCUCGACAACACGGUUCUUCGCGGCCUUCUCUUCUUAGCAGAGCAACGAGGACCAGGAAUAAUCAUGACACCGGGCUUCAACGCAACAAAAGAGAUGCUCGGCCUCCCAACAACCGCAGCAUCCUUCCAACGCGCCGGCAUCACAGCCCUAAUCUACGACCCCCGCGGUGUGGGCCUCAGCGACGGUACUCCACGCAACGACAUAAACCCUUUCCAAUCCGUAGACGACCUCUCCGACGCCCUGACCUACCUUCUCUCCCACCCGAACAUUGACCGGACGCAAGGCGUCGGCCUCUGGGGCAUGUCACUAGGCGCCAGCAUCGCCCUUGUGACAAGCGCCAUCGACCCACGCGCCCGCUAUACAGUCGCCGUAUGCCCCGUCGUAGGUGCAACGCAAGACCUGCCCAAACUAUCAUCCGUCCUCGCCAAGGCCGCGCAGGAUCGCGAGUCUCGCCUAAAAGGCAACGAGCCCUUCUACGUCCCCAUGCUUACAAAGACUGGCGAGAACCCAGCUGGGUUUAAUCUAGGCUUUGAGCGCGAGGUCGCGAUGAGACUACUAAGUGCCCAAGAUGAGAAUGAUCCGUUGCGUGCCGAGCUCGCGCCUAACCACGUCAACCGCACAACCGUGGGCACGUAUAGGCAUAUGCUCCUUUGGGAGCCGAGCCAUAUGUGGAAACAUCUUAAGCGCUCGGUGCUUUUUGUUCUGGCGGAGCGGGAUGCGGUGGUUGGGACAGAGACACAGAGGAAGUACUUUGUGGAGUUGACUGUGGACAAGGAGCUGUAUGUCCAGGAUGGGGCGGUGCAUAUGGAUAUUCUAGAGGGGGUGCAUCAGGACGUUGUUAAUCGCGUACAGACAGAGUUUGCGCGGAAGAUGUUAGGGGAAGGCAGAUAA